AUGAAAAUCCUGUUCAUAUGCGCUAUUUUUUACGGUAACCUUAAAUAAAUUUCGGAAAAAAAAUCGAAUGACUUGUGAAAUAAUCGAACGACAAUUCUGAUUUUUUUUCCAGCAACUUAUGUGAAAAGCCAAUCUGAAGAAGAACAUGCUUGUUACGAAGUAACAAUGCAAAAUGAAGUGAAAGAAGAAAUGGGUUGGUUUUGGGCUACUUUGGCUUGUAAUCUUAUGCUUCUUGGACUCAAUAUCACUAUAACUAUUGUUAUUUACAAAUUUGUAAGUGUCAGAGAACUUCAUUUUUUGUAAAUUCCAAUAAUUCCAAUUUCAGAUAAACCCAGCUUACAAAAACAUCCGAUUGGUUCUUUUUUUCUUGAUGGAUCGAAUUCUCCUAUCUUAUAUGGCAAAUUGUCUUCGACCAAUUUUGGGAUGUAAAAAACAAGUGGAUUUGAAAGAAUUGUUGCCAGCCGCGAAGGAAAAAGAAAAAAGAAAAAGUGGAAAAUCGGGAAAAGCUGGAGAUGAGGAAAGUGGAAAAAGUACAAUUAAAGGAUUGUCGACGAAAAAAGGAGCAAUAACAUCGAAAGCAUCGAAAACAUCGUUGAAAUCAUCUGCAAAAUCAACAGCGAAAUCUGAUGUUUCCCAAUCGAAAUCUACUUCAAAACAUGGAAAAGGUGGGAAGAAAGGUGGAAAAGGCGGAAAAGCAGCACCCGCUAGAAAAGGGAAAGGAAAAGGAGGAAAGAAGGGAGGAAAAUAG